AUGACCUGUUUGGAGAAUAAUAAUAAUAAUAUUAUUACAGAUAAUUCUGGUCAUUUUCAGCCGUUUGAUCAGAAUUAUUUCGUCACUUGGGGUUCUGAUCAUUUUUCUAACAUAAACAAUGGCAAAGAGAUUCAGCUCACACUCGACAAAUCAUCAGGUGCCGGGUUCCAAUCAAAACUGAAAUAUGCGUCGGGUUUUUUCGGUAUGAGGGUUAAAAUCCACGACCAAGAUUCCGCUGGAGUUCUCAUUAGUUACUAUCUUCAUUCACAUACAAAUGAUAAAAAUGGUGGAGACAUUCACGAUGAAAUCGAUUUGGAAUUCUUGGGGAAUAAGAAAGGAGGUCCAUAUUUUCUACAAACAAAUGUAUUCGUGAACGGUGAAGGUAAUAGGGAGCAUAAGGUCAUUCUUUGGUUCGACCCUUCAGCCGAUUUUCAUACCUAUCAUAUUCUAUGGAACACACAUCAAAUUGCAUUUUUUGUGGAUAACAUUCCUAUAAGAGUUUUCAAGAACAGCCCGAAAAAUAAAACACCUUACCCUACUCAACCAUUGAAAAUAGAGGGAAGCAUUUAUUGUGCCGAUAGUUGGGUCACGGAUGGGGGACUAACCAAGAUCAAUUGGACACACGCUCCAUUCCAUGCCCACUACCAAGGUUUCAAUAUCGCUGCGUGUUCACCCGCUAUAGGCGAUCAAAUCCCGAAUCAAACACAAAUAAAUUCAUGUUUAUCGAAUAAACAUUGGUGGAAUAAAAGGAAAUUUUGGCGAUUAAACCGGGGAGAACAAGAAGCGUUAGAUAAUGUGACGAGGAAAUACUUGCAUUAUGACUAUUGUACAGAUAAGCAUAGAUAUCCUAUUCCUCCUCCUGAAUGUGCCUUGUGA